UCCACUUAUAAAGGCUGUAUGAUACAAUUGAAAAGCUAGUGUGUGCCCUCUGAUUUGGGGAUUUUUUUUUUGGGUCAAACUAUUUCGAAGGUAAAGAAGAACUUUUAAUAGUUAAAUAUAAAGGUUCUUUUCAAAGCCUGAUCUCUGUCUUUUGUGUGGAGUGAAAACAUCUUGACAGAAUCAUGUCUCACCAAAGAAUUGUGUUCUGUUGUGAUUUGAUAUAUGAUUCUGUCAGGAUCCAGAAAGUUUUGUGUGUUUGGGGCUCAGCUGUGAAACUGGGAGCCCCAGAAUGGACCUGGAGCAAACUGUUUCUGCCUUGCUGUCAAAAAAUGAACAACUCGGGCAGGAGAACGAUCAGUUGAAGUUGAUGCUAAGUGUAGUCAAGGAAAACAGAGACCUGAGAGCCUGGAUACAGAGCUUUGACAAUUCUACUCUGGAGGAUUUAACAGGUAGUGCAAGUGUUUUUCUUUGCCACUAGAUGUCAGCCAGGGUGCAGUUCAGAGUUGUCAGUGUAGUUGCUAAUAAUUACAACAGGAACCAGAAUGAGGUAUGAAAAACAUUUUGUAAACUCAGUGCUCUGUUUUUAUAAGUAUUUGCAGUUUUGUAUUGUUUUGGUCAAGUAAUCUCCUGUCUUUGUAACAUAAAAUAGUACUAAGCAUAUACAAAUAUAGGCCUUUUCACCGUGUUACAAAUGUAAACAGACCAGAUUUAUAUGUAGUUGUAGCAUUUCAUAGUAACAGCUGACAGGGACAAAACUGAUCCAAACUGUUCCCUAGCAACACAAUUCCAAAGAAAUGGUCCAGGCAGUAUAUUCUGAUUUCUGGUUGUAACUUUUUCUUUUUUUAAUCAUCAAAAUAAUCGGUUAUUUUGUGAGUUUGUUUAAUAUCUUACGUGUUAAAAUAGAUAUUGUGUUAAAUAUAAAAUGAUAAAUAAUAUAAAAUCAGUUGAUCAAUUCUAAAACACAAUGGGUACCAUUCUAAAGACGUUAAAACAGGUUGUGUCAUUAAAGUAUCCACUUCACAGACUGCUUGUCUUAAUAAAUGCAGUAUGUAUGACAAGAAUAACAUCUUGCUUUCUUGUUAUCAGUUUGCUCACCAUCAGGAAGAAAACCAUCCAGUCUGUGGCAAACCACCUCUGAUGAGGCACAGUUCAGAAAAGACUUGCAACAAUCCGCAAGCAAACACAAACACCAAACCUCGUCCCCUGUCGACUUCAAGUCUUUCAUACAAAGCUCGAUGUUUACAGACACAUGUGAGAAAGCAGAGUCUCAAAGCUGCCAGGCUGAUGUUCCUCUUGAGGUCAAAAACAGGCUGCUGGGAGAGAUUGCUUACCAACUGGAUGGGAGGAUUCUCUCUUAUGUCUUCCAGGGCCACAAGAGGCUUUACGGUUUCACACUGCUCAAUUUGCCAGAGAAGAUCAUUCAGGUUAGCACCCAUCCCCUGACAGGGAAGGUGGAUGAGGGCUAUCGGCUUCAUCUCACUCAGAGGUAUGCUGAUCUCAUGGAGCAGUUGAACCGGCUCGGUUUUAAAACAACACUUCACCCCCCUUUCACCGAAUUUAUUGUCAACACUUAUGGGAUCCUGAAGGAGAGGCCUGAUAAAUACAGCACUCAGACAAUGGACUACAAUAAUCCAGACUUUCUGAGGGAGCUGAUAGUGACGACAGCACCGGGAAAACUUCAGAAGGACCUGCUGCUUGUGCUCACCUGCCUCUGCAGCAUGGCCCAGAAGGACAGAAAACCUCUUCUUCUCUACUAGUGAUGACUGCAUUCAGAGACAUUUACAA